AGUAAGAGAGCUGGGCAGAGUUGAGGACGGUUGUGGGGAAGCGGGCCACGCCUCUUACAGGUGGAUUUUUGUGUCAGUUACCUGUAUCGGGAGGUGCUAGUGAGUCCUCAGGCCACUCACUGCUCCACUGCUCCAGCGGUGGAAUCCGAAGUGAGUCUCUAGAGAGGACCAAACCUGUCGCUGGGGCCAUUGUGAUUCUCAGAGCCCUGAAGAAAAUGAGCAUGAGUGUCAAGAAGAAAGAUCUUAUCACCUUACAGGACCCUGAAGCCAAGUAUCCGCUGCCUUUGAUUGAGAAGGAGCAAAUCAACCACAACACCAGAAGGUUCCGCUUUGGACUGCUCUCACCAGACCAUGUCCUAGGGCUUCCUGUAGGUAACUAUGUCCAUCUCUUGGCACAAAUUAACAGUGAAUUGGUGAUCAGGGCUUACACGCCUGUCUCCAGUGAUGAUGAUCGAGGCUUUGUGGACUUCAUUAUAAAGAUCUACUUCAAAAAUGUGCACCCCAAGUAUCCUGAAGGAGGAAAGAUGACUCAGUACUUGGAGAACAUGAAAAUUGGGGACACCAUCCUUUUUCGGGGGCCAACGGGGCGCCUGUUCUACAUUGAACCUGGGACCCUUCUAAUCAAAGCAGACAAAACGAGUGAGCCUGAGAAAAAGCUGGUUCAUCACCUGGGGAUGAUUGCUGGAGGCACAGGCAUUACACCCAUGCUGCAGCUGAUUCGCCACAUCACGAAGGACGGCAGCGAUGGGACCAGGAUGUCGCUCCUCUUUGCCAACCAGACAGAAGAGGAUAUCUUGCUGAGAAAGGAGCUAGAAGAAGUCGCCAGGACUCACCAGAACCAGUUUGACCUGUGGUAUACACUGGACAGGCCUCCCAGUGGCUGGAAGUAUAGCUCGGGCUUUGUUACUGCUGACAUGAUCAAGGAGCACCUUCCUCCUCCUGGGGAGACCACACUCAUCCUGAAGUUGUGCUUCAAAUCCCAUCAUUCGACCCAGAUGAUGCAGGGACCGCUAGUGCCACCUGCAGUUCAGAGUGAGAAUAACACACUGAUGCUCUUGUUACUUUGGGGGUAAGCUCACCCCAACUCCAUUCCUUAUAACCUUCCUUAUAGGCCAGAGGUUCUGUGGAGCUUUUGUUCUCUAAGUUACACAGGAGGAAACAGACAGUGUUAGUCAUGCAUUUCCCCAGUCAUUCAAACAGUGGGUGGCACAGUUGCCUUUAAACCUGGAUCUGUUUAACUCUAUGUCUGUUCUCCUUUCGGAAGAACUGGCAUAGUAGCAGCACUGUUAGCAGCUACUGCUGGACUCGCAUCAUGCGAUGUGGAUGUGCACGUGUGUGUGUGUGUGUGUGUGUGUGUGUGUGUGUGCAGGAGGGGGAGGAGGGCUGGGGGUACAAGAAAAAGAAGAGAGGAUUGUGGUUACAGGGAGCUCUCUAUACCCUUCACCACCUCAAACAAGGCUGGGAAGGACACUCCACGUCCAUCCACCCACUUGUGCUCAGUGUGUCCUCACAUAAUGCUCUACUUAGGGAAAGACACGACUGUCCACUCUGGGCUACAUUGCCCAGCUUGGCCUUGAACUUGCUCUGUAGCCCAAGUCAUCCGUGAACCGCAGAAUCCUCCUGCCUCAGCUUCCCAACUAAUAAUAACUAGGAUUACAAGCAUGUGCCGCCAGGUUCAGCUGCAAAGCCUUUCACCAGUGGACUCGUCCCACCUGGCUAGAUUUUUUUUGUUCCCUAGACCUUCUGGUGAUUUUAUUGGUCAUUUGACAAAGCCUGGAGAUGUUUUUGGCUUGCCUAGCCAGAGGAGGUACCAAUGAUAGUGGUCACUGGCAACCUGAUUAAAAGCAGUACACCUGGGACUGACAGUCCACACGGACUCAGCGGUUUAAGCGGCAGGUACACAUGAACAUAACCUAAGAGUGAACUGUCAACAUCUCAGAGGCACACAGUGCUGAAGGGCAGAGUUGAUUUGGAACCAGAAGAAAUAAUAAAGGAAUUGAAGCAAAGACAAAUCGGUGGACUCACAAAGGCUGGCAAGAUGGUGGAAAGGUGGCACAAAGGUGGCAAGACAGCAAGCUCAUCUGUGAUUAAGGAAUUCAAAGCAGAAAUGUGACAAGGUGACAGAAGUGGAAAAUGUUUGGCAGGGACCAUCUAGGAAAGUGAGGAAUCAAGUAGAAAACCAUGGGCAGCGGUCAGAUCGCAAGGCUGGAACUAUAACAGCCAUGGCCUGGGCAGGAACUGGCUUGUAUGAAAUGGAACAGAAAAAUAAAUAAAGUUCUAGUUUGAAGACUGUC